CCAGGAAGAGGAAGAGGAGGAGGAAGAGGAAGAGGAAGACUUUCCCGCUCCCCCACCAGGUCAGAGUUGGGAGGGCGCCCAAGAUGGCUGCCUCCAUGGGUGACCUGUUCUGCUUUUGUGCGGAUCCUGCGGGCCGGGCCCGGGCCAUGGUGGAAGUGAGAUUCAUCAGCAGCCUCAAGGGAAAAGGCUUAUUUGCCACCAGGAAUAUCCAUAAAGGGGAAACGAUCUUCUUGGAGAAGCCUGUGGUGUCAUCCCAGUUCCUCUGGAACAUGCUGUACAGAUAUAAAGCCUGUGACCACUGCCUGCGGGCCUUGGAGACGGCAGAGGAGAACGCACAGAGGCUUCUGGGGAAAAGCCGUCGGGUCCUGCCUCACCCAGAGCAGUGCAGCAUCCGGAAGGAUUUGCAUCAGCACUGUCCCCAUUGCCAGGUUGCGUAUUGCAGUGCUGAAUGCAGGCAAUCUGCCUUCGAGCAAUACCACCAGGUGCUGUGCCUGGGCCCCUCCCGAGAGGACCCCAAACAUCCCCUCAACAAACUGCAGGAGGCCUGGAGAAACAUCCAUUACCCACCGGAGACUUCCAGCAUCAUGCUGCUGGUGAGGAUGGUAGCCACCGUCAAACAGGCAAAGGACAAGGACUGGUGGAUAAAGCUUUUCUCUCAGUUCUGCAGUAAAACGGCCAACGAAGAAGAGGAGAUCGUCCACAAGCUGCUGGGGGACAAAUUUAAGGGCCAGCUAGAGCUCCUCCGGCGGCUCUUCACGGAUGCCCUUUACGAAGAACAUCUCAGCAGGUGGUUUACUCCAGAAGGGUUCCGAUCGCUGUUCGCCCUGGUUGGGACCAAUGGCCAAGGCAUAGGAACAAGUUCCCUGAGCCAGUGGGUCCAUGCCUGCGAUGCGUUAGAGCUUCCCCCGCACGAGCGAGAGCAGCUAGACGCCUUCAUAGACCAGCUCUAUAAGGAUAUCGAGAAAGAGACCGGGGAGUUCUUGAACUGCGAGGGAUCCGGCCUCUAUGUGCUCCAGAGCUGCUGUAACCACAGCUGCAUCCCCAACGCUGAGACGUCCUUCCCGGAUAACAACUUCCUCCUGCACCUCAUCGCCCUGGAGGAGAUCAAGCCGGGAGAGGAAAUCUGCAUUAGCUAUUUAGACUGCUGCCAGCGGGAGCGGAGCAGACACAGCCGCCACAAGAUACUCAGGGAACACUACCUGUUCACCUGCUCAUGCCCCAAGUGCCUGGCUCAAGCCGACGACGCCAACCUGACUUCAGAGGAGGAGGAGGAGCUGGAGGGCGAAGGAGAGACGGAUGACGCGGAGCUGGAGGAUGAGAUGACGGACGUUUGAUCCUGGGCCCAGGGAUGGGGUUUGGCUUUGUACCGGAGACGGGACCGUGGGGAGGGACUGUGCCUGGUCGGCCAGGGCUGGUGCUGCGGCAGGGAGAGAGCAUGUUAAGGUUUGGCUAGGUUGGGCAGUGGAGGAAGCGGGGAUCUUCCCUGCUCCUGACCAUCCUUCUGCGGGAGUGUGUCUGUGGUCCCCUCUCUCUAGGUAAUGGCUCCACUUGUCCCAACCACUCCUCCACGGCUGAGGGAGAUAUCAGCCCACCCAGACAUCGCCGUGGUCUCCUUGUUUGUGUCUGAUCCUGCACACAGAGCAAUACGCCAGGGCGGGGGAGAUGGCGCAUGCAGGGAAAGUCCCCUCCUCUUCUGAGCACAGCGCACAAACCUUAGCACAACUCUUGUUCCUGACGCUGGGCGAACAACCAGCUACUCCGGGACUUCCUCCGGUGUCAAUAUCUAAGUGAUCUGAGAACUUGGAGAGCGGAGUCUGGGGGGAUUUGGGCACAUGACUUCCUCGGGGUGUGGAGGGGGGAGAACAGGUUUAACCCUGUGGAGACAGUGGCUGUGCAGAGAGGUUGUAGUCUCAUGGACUCAGCACAAGACAGGGAGCCAGGACUCCUGGGUUCUAGUCCCUGCUCUGUCGCUGACUUGCGGUGUGAGCAAGUCACUUACUCUCGCUGGCUCUCAGAUUAAAAUGGGGGGGGAUGAUCAGACUUUCCUAGCUUGCGGGGGGGGGGGGCGGGAGUUGGAAGGAUUAGCUGCUCCAUGUCUGGACAGGGCUGAGUAUUUUGAGUUGUAGAUAUAUAUACUCUUAGUGCCAGCAGGUGAAGGGUUAAGUAGCUCUGGGGGUGGAUACAGUCAGCUGGUGGAGCCUCACACUCCUUACCUUGGUCUCCUGCUCCUGCUGGCCUAGUACUUUUGUUGUGGGGGUUUCACCAUGGGGAGGUCUGUCUGCCCCACCGGGGCAUCAGGCUCAGUGGUGCUGGCCUGUGAGGGGCUCCUGAACGGGCACCAAAGGGAAAUCCUGACCCAGCUUGCCGCAGGGGGCUCGACACCUGGGGCCAGUUAUAACGGUCCGUAGGCAUUCCUCUGCUCAGCACUGUAGCGCCGAAACUCGUUGUCAGAGGGGAGUUAGGCGCUUAGGAGCCUAUUGACUGUCAGUGCGGUUUUGGCUCUUAGGUGCCUAAAUCCCUUUUAACAAGGAGACAUAGGCUCCUGAAUCAGCUAGGCAUUGGAAUGCUGAGCGCAGCAACGGCUAAAUACCUCUAAAAACCUGGGCCCCGGUUCUUCUGCAAAGGACCAGGAAGGGGGGGCUGGUCCCACCCCAGGUGGAUUUGCCAAGCCCAGCCCUGGAGCGCGAAGGGAGAAAUAGUCGACUCUAUUGUGUCUGGGGGGUGGUUGGAGGGAUCCAUCCUCAGACUUCCCUUGUGUGUAUUAUCCCACUGACCUCCAAGGGGUGCAAAGGCUGCAGGGCUGGGCCCUGGGGUAUCACGUGACCUUCAGCCAGGCUCUGGAGGCUGAGUCCGCAAGGAGCUGGCAGCUCCUUCUAGACCCACUAGCGUAAGCCCCCAAGGGACCGUCUGCCUGGGUCUGAGCAGUGCCCAGCGCCCACAGCUCCUCUCCAGGCCAGUGGGUGUUGCGAGUGCUCAGCCCCUCUCAGAUCAAACCCUAUCAGAGCAGUGUGGAGCUCUCGGGGGGGACGGCGAAGGAUCCAGAUGAGAAUUCAGGCCGCCUAGUACCAGAGCCGGAGAUGGGAAGAUGCCAAUCGAUGCGGGAGUCCGUUCCCCUGUGAGGGCAGGACCAGCCCUGCAAUAGAGACUGAGCCGCUUAGAAAUAUCUCCGCCUUCUACGAGGCAGGCAGCGUACCUACAAAGGGUGCAGGGCCAUUGUGCUCUUCCUGGCAGCCGUCUCCAAGGUCCGUGACAUUGUGGUUUGCCUUUCUGCUCUGUCACGGUGACUGGAUGAAGGGUUGGCUUCCAGCACAAUGUAAUUGCUUGCGGCCUGCAGGGUACGCACCGACUCUGGGCUGCCUGGGGACCAAACUGAGAGGCUGCUCGCUGUCCACUUCUGAUCUUCUCCCCAUGAAUAAUGAGGCUGGAAUGGGAGAAAGGUCACCCGCCAGCUGUGAUCACCUGCUCUUUAGAGCCACGUUCCGCACCCCAUCUCCUCACUCCAGUAACGGGGCCAGGAGCGGGGGCACCCCAAAUCCUGACCUCGUACCCCACACCCCCAUCAGUGAGAGGGCAGUUAAUGAAAACACUAAUUAGGCUGGUUAAAGCACUGAACUGAACAGCCAAUUUUAACACGAACAAUUUUAAUAAUUAACUUUUGUAGUUAACCCUCUACAAACUCAGUGCCAAGCCAGAGUCGUUCCCCUUUCCGGAAGUGGGAUACAAUUCCUGGCCUCGUUUCUUCCACCGCCUCCCCCAGUCCUCCUGCAGCUGAUGGGGCUUAGCCGUUCUGAUCAAGAUGAAGCAUGGCGUGCUGGGAGUGGUUGUCUCGUCAGUCCCCCCCACCCAUUAAAGGGUAAGAGAGAUGCAGUCUUCUCUGUUGCCGAUGAGGCAGGAGCUGUGUGGCUCUGGUAUGUUGCCUAGCCCUGGGUGCUGCUGUGUCCCUCUAUGAAGACUCAUUUUUCCCACUUUCCUUAGGACUUCUCUUGGAGGGGGGGAGCCCGGGCUCUGUGACUGGAAAACAAUGGACCACCACGCUCCUUAAACCUGUCUGUGUUGAGUGUCUUAGGGCCCACUUGCAGGGCGUCUUCCCCUUGAGUUUCGCUGGGAAUUUGACAGGGUUGUUAGCUUUGAAAUAUGACUGUUGAACCUAUCUUAGCCUUGUGACAGCACAUUUUGAGGGCUUUUACAUUCUGCGGGCCUGGAGCUGGGAGACUGACCUAGAAACUUGGUGCCUGCAGAUCACAGGCCAAAUCCUACACUGGUGUAAAUCUGGAAUAGCUUCACUGAUUUCCUCGGAGUUACUCCAAAUUCACACUGGUGUCGCUGAGAUCAGAAUUUGUUUUCACCUUCUUAAGCCCUUGCUGCACAAGAAGUUGUACUUAGAUUUUUGGUCUUGCUUGAAACAAUACAGCAAUAUGUUUAUUUGAUGUGGUGCUAAUGCCCGUGAUGACAGAACUGCAGUGAAUGAAGGGAGUACGCUGGUAUGGAGUAGACCGACUUUUAAACCGUGGCCUACAAUGGCUCCGGAACAUUGCUUGAGCAAAGCAGUCUUCCAAAAACCCACAUGGUGCAAGGAUCUCAAACAAGGUCCCACCUGUAGAAGGAAAAUGUUACAUUUGAGAGCAAGGAAUUGUGGUUGAGCAAAGACCUGCUAACCAAAGUGAUCAGGCUAGAUGUGAAUGACAGUGACAACACUAUCCAGAUGAAAAUGAUAUUGCAGGAAAGCCCUAUCUGUGAUGAAUGAGGUGUUUAAAAAAACCAAAACCUAAAACAGGAGAUUUAACAACCACCACCACCCAAGCCUUGUCUCUAUUUACGCGGCUUCCUUUUUUGCAGACCAGCUUGAACAGUGUCUCUAUAUUGGUCAGUUUCACUUCUUGGUUCUCAUGCCCGGGCACAAUUCCCUUGCGUGUGGGUUUCCUGUGCAAUGCUUCAGCUCUAAAUAAUCCCUCCUCUUUUGAAUGUAUACACCCUGCCUGAAUAGAGGGCCUGUGGCACUGCUCUACAGGCCGGUGUCCUGAAGAACCAGAGCACUGCGGCUAGCCCUGCCUUGGAUAUUUUGUUGGCCAAGCUUGAGUUUUAAAGUUGCCAACAUCCAUCUCCCUCCGACGGUAGCUUUCCGCCUAAGGCUUUAAGUUAACGCGUUUCAGUUCAGAGAGAGUUGGGAAGCAGGCCCACCUCGUCUUACUAUUGUGCUUGUAACCAACAGCCCGACGUUCCUUUUGGGACAGGGGCGAGAGGCAGUCUUGUUUCAGGAGAAGUAGGCAAAGCCAUUUGAUCGGUAUAUUCUCACAUAAGCAGCGAUCGGUGCGUGCUACAAACUGUGGAUCCAGAUUCCCAAACAGCCUGAAUGUCGAGCCUGGGGUUGGGUUGGGUCCACUUGCAAAACGGGGAGUAUUUGGCGCGGGAGGUUUUGGUGCCUCGCUGGAUGAGCCCUAGCAAACGGCCGUAGCGUGGGGUGCAAAGCGGCCCUGUUUAACAGUAGUUGCCUUUUGAUGGAAGCUGCCACUAAUCUUUUUGAAACAGAAAAGCGGGUGGGCCUGGCUGGGCUGCCCUUGCCGAGGUCAUCCACAGUCUGCGCCCAGCUCCGCAGCUUGGCCACCUGGCUUUUAUUUUCUGCAUUGUUCGAUUCACAGCAAAGCAGAAUUCUAGUGCCAUUCCGGUCUCCUACACCUCACCCUACCCCGUCACAUCCACGCUCUGCACAGCUUCCCCGCGGUCACAAACGGCCUUGGGUAGCUGAGCCUCAUCAGCCCCCCUCCUCGCAGGUUCCUGGUUCAGGGCUUGGGACGUCCUCCCCCGUGGAGUGUAGCCAGACAUAUCUCCAGAGUAGGGUUGCCAACCGUCUAAUCACACAAAUCCAAACAGUCUUGCCCUGCCCCUGCCCCGAGGCCCCGCCCCGCUCACUCCAUCCCCCCUCCCUCCAUUGCUCACUCUCCCCCACUCUCAUUCAACGGGCUGUGGCAGGGGGUUGGGGUGAAGGAGGGGGUGAGGGCUCCGGCGGGGGUGUGUGUGUGGACUCUGGGGUGGGGCCAGAAAUGAGGGGUUUAAGGUGUGGGAGGGGGCUCUGUGCUGGGGCAGGAGGUUGGGCUGUGGGAAUGGGUGAGGGGUGCAGGCUCUGGGAGGAAAUCUGGAUGCAGAAGGGGGCUCUGGGCAGGAGGUUGAGGUGCAGGAGGGGGUGCGGGCUCUGGGAGGGAGUUUGGAUGCAGGAGGAGGCUCAGGGCUGAGGCAGGGAGUUUGGGUACAGGACGGGGCUCAGGAUUGGGGAAGGGGAUUGGGGUGCAGGAUGCAAGCUCUGGGAGGGAGUUUGGAUGCAGGAGGGGGCUCAGGGCUGAGGCAGGGGGUUGGAGUGCAGGAGGGGGUGUGGGCUCUGGGAGGGAGUUUGGGUACAGGAGGGGGCUCAAGGCUGGGGCAGGGGGGCAGGCUCUGGGAGGGAGUUUGGGUACAGGAGGGGGCUCAGGAUUGGGGAAGGGGGUUGGGGUGCAGGAUGCAAGCUCUGGGAGGGAGUUUGGAUGCAGGAGGGGGCUCAGGGCUGAGGCAGGGGGUUGGAGUGCAGGAGGGGGUGUGGGCUCUGGGAGGGAGUUUGGGUACAGGAGGGGCUCAGGGCUGGGGCAGGGGUGCAGGCUCUGGGAGGGAGUUUGGAUGCAGAAGGGGGCUCAGGGCUGGGGCAGGGGUUUGCGGUGCAGGAGGGGGUGAGGGCUUCGGCUGCUUCCAGUUAGCAGCACAGUGGAGCUAAGGCAGGCUCCUUGCCUACCCCGGCCCUGCGCUGCGGCUGGUACGUCCCUGUGGCAGGCAGGAGGUGUUGCGCAUUGCCCCCGCCUGCAGGCACCACCCCCACAGCUCCCAUUGGCUGCCAUUCCCAGUCAAUGGGAGCUUUGGGGGUGGGGGCGGUGCAUGGAGACUCCCUGCCCCUCCCGCCCCCCAGGACCGCAGGGACGUGCUGGCCACUUCCAGGAGUGGCGCUGGGCCAGGGCAGGCAAGGAGCCUGCCUUGGCCCUGCUGUGCUGCCGGACUUUUAGUGGCCUGAAAUCUCCCAGUUUGGUUUUAGUAGCCUCCAGGAGAUAGAGCCCGAUUCCGGGAGACCCCCAGCGAAACUGGGAGAGUUGGCAACCCUACCCCAUAGAGAGGGGCUACUGCACACCCCACCUUCUAUAAUCACUGUGUUCAUGCUGAUGCAGGUGUGACACUGAAGUCGGUAGAGCUUUUCAAUCAGUUGGUAUGAUGUCUGUCUGUACAUAAUGCAUGAUAAGAGAGAGCUGGUAUCCACCUGAAUGAAAAUAAAUCAAACCACAAUAACCACCGCUGA